AUGCUCGCGGCGCUGCAACGAGUUGAGCUCUUGGCGGAUGCCGUCACCGUGCUCCUAAGGGAGUAUGAAAAAGCAGUGGAGCACCUGCAGGACCUUUUAGACGACCAAUUAGAUGCUGCGGAGGAAAUCCGAGAAGAGCUUGAAGAUCAAGUCAAGGAAAUUAGGGAUCAGGUCAAAACCGCGCGGAAGCCAAUGCAGCAGAGAGCAGCAACUGCAGCAGCAGAGGUGGCGAGGGCCUACGACGGAGCCUUAGAGGGUUUCAAGGCCUCCUUAGAGGCCCUCCUAGAGCAGCCCCAGAAAACCCAGCCCGCUUCGCCAACAAUGCAAGGGGACUUCGCAACUUUGGCUGCCAGAAUUCAAGCUGCUGCUGACGAAAAGCUGCCGUUCCUUGCCACUGCCCACUGA